CCGAGUCCCCCUUGUCUGUGGUAGUCUGAGUGGAGAGAAAGUAAAUGAAGAUGGAAGGAGCCGAUGUUGAAUUAUUGAGGAGAUUUAUGGAGUAGCGAAGUGAUAGCCGUUUACUCGUGCCGUUGGAACGAAAGAGGACAGCGAUACCAGGAGACUGACAGAUAGCAUGCCCGCUUGAAUAUACUCGGCUUGACGACAGGGUGGAGCAAGGGCUUGUCUCCAGACCGGACAACUCUAUGAAACCAGACACAUCUCACAGGAAGAGAUUGAAGCGAUCACUUUGCAAACUCCAGGUUGACACAACAGCGAAUCCUUCGUGCUGCACAUGUUACGGUUUGAACUACAUCCCAGCCCGAACACAUUUAAGGUAGAGGUGACUCCACUGCAAAUGAGGGAACAUGUUGGCUAUGGACCAAGGAGUGGUGGAGGAAUGGCUGUCAGAAUUUAAGACCCUCCCUGACAGUGCCGUCUCCACCUAUGCUGCCUCACUAAAAGACAAAGGGGCCCUGGUCCCUGCGCUCUAUAAGGUCAUCAGAGAGAAUUACAGCGACUUGCUGGAGCCCGUGUGUCACCAGUUAUUUGAGUUUUACCGGAGCGGCGAGCCGCAGCUGCAGCGUUUCACACUUCAGUUCCUGCCCGAGCUCCUGUGGAGCCUCCUGUCCGUCAGCGCAGCCAGAGACCCCCACACCUCCGGCUGCAUCGAGGCCCUGCUGCUGGGCAUUUACAACCUGGAAAUAGUUGACAAAGAUGGACAAAGUAAAGUGUUAUCUUUUACUGUCCCUUCCCUCUCCAAACCCUCAGUGUACCACGAGCCCUCAGCCAUCGGCUCCAUGGCUCUGACGGAAGGGGCUCUGGCCAAUCACGGGCUGAGCAAGGUGGUGUACAGCGGGCCGCACCUGCAGAGGGAAACCUUCACCGCACAGAACAGAUUUGAGGUGCUGACCUUCCUGCUGCUGUGCUACAACGCCGCGCUCAGCUACAUGACCUCCACAUCGCUGCAGUCUCUCUGCCAGCUCAGCUCCAGGGUGUGUAUAUGCGGUUACCCACGGCAACAGAUGCGGCGCUAUAAAGGCAUUAGCACGCGAAUGACGGUCACGUCAGAGUUCCUGGUCCAGCUCAUCACGGGGAUCCACUACGCCUUGUGUAAUGGAGAAGUUGAACUGGGAUCCAAAGCUCUGGAUGACGUUCUGUACCGAGCCCAGCUGGAGUUGUUCCCCGAAGCUCUGCUGGUGGGGAACGCCAUCAAGUCGUCGCUGCACGGCGCGGCUCUGAAGAGCAACAACAAGGAGGGAGCGCGUAGCAUCCAGGUAGAGAUCACCCCCACCUCCUCUAGGAUCUCCCGCAACGCCGUCACCUCCCUCUCUAUCAGGGGACACCGCUGGAAGAGACACGACGCAGUGGAUCUGGGUUCCCCGGAUGAGCUGAUGGAUAUUUCAGAGGUGGAUGAAGGGGUUUGGCCAGGUGGGGUGGGACCUGACAUGACCCCACCCACCAUCACGAUCAGCAACAGCGUCACGACGCUGAACCUGGGGGCCAAGGCCAUGAAGAAGUGUCGGCUCGGCGGGCGCGCCAGUAAGGACAAGGACAAGGACAAGGAGACGAGCCCUCUGAUAACGGGCCGUGCCGCCAGCGAGAACGCGGAGCUGUCCAUCAAGCGGCUGACGCUCACCUCCAGCCAGUCGGUGCCCAAGGCGGGGGCUCUCACCAGCCUGACGCGCACCGCCAGCGCCGUCUUCUCCCGCUCCUUCGAGCAGGUGGCCAGCGGCAACGCCCCGCCUGCCAGCAACCACACCCCCUCUGAAGCCGGCCGCUAUUCCUGCAGCCUGCAGGAGGAAGGGAUGGGGUACCUGAGUCCGGCGCCGAACCACACGCAGCGUUCCCCCAGCAUCAGCGUGCACCUUGGCUCUGACCUUUGAACUUUCUUUUUGUGACUCUUGACUGUACGAACCCUCAUCUCUGAUCCCGUGACCCUGUACCUGUGACCUGGAACUCCAAGCCAUGCCGGCCGCAGUCGAGCGCGAGCGCGCGCAGAAACACUCCCGCCGUUUCCCCCUAAUCGCUCCGUUUCAGGCGUCUUCGAUUGUCCGUGCCGUGAACCGGUCCGCCGCCCCCGCUUCGUUCAGACAUCUAGAGCGCAGCCGGCUCCCUCUGCUCCUCUCCAACAGAGUCUCCUCUCAGCCUGAUGAAGACAGGGUGACGGGGAUACCACUUCCAGCUUCACCGGCUUCAGUAGUGCAAUAUUUCAGCGAGGCCGCGGCAGGAUAAAAACCCGCUCUCCGUCACAGAGCAGCCUGUCAUAAAUGAAUGCACUUAAAAAAAAAUGAUCACUAAAACUGUGUGGAAAAACUGUUGGGAACAAGCAUCUCUUGCCCUGCAUGGCUUUUCCAUACGUCCAUCCUUAACAUGCCCAGGCGCGCAUGUGUGAGCAUGCUUGUAUUUGCGUGUAUGUGCAACUGUUUUUAGGAAAAAGGCUGCUGAUUGAUACUUUGAACAAGGUGUGAUUCUCCUAGUUGAAAGAAGUGUUUCUACUACUUUUUUUAAGAAAAAAAAAGAUAUUAAAUCUCCUCCCAUAGCAAUACAGCUCGACCCCAUUCAGUGUUUUCUAUCUUUUGGGCCGAUUGCCCGAACUUUCCUCUGUCAGUGCUUGACAUACGUGUGCUUCUUAACAGAAAGUCCUAAUUCUUCCCCAAAAGAAAGGAAAGGCCGCCACUAAAUCAUCAAUUAGUAGAUUACAGAUCGGGUCUUUAUGUUUACAAUCACAGUAUUUUAACGGCGGGGAAGCAAUAUUUGUGUCCCUCCCCUCACUCUACGAGGAACUUCCUGCUGCGUACUUGAUGUCAAAAAAUGAAAAUAAACCCAGCUUGACAGAUUAGAGGUGAUUUAAAUUUUCUUUGGGUGGGGUGGGGUUGAGGGGGUGGGGGGGGGGGGAUUUUGUUAUGUGUUGAAUUUUGCACAUGAAAGAGCAAAUGAGUUUUCAAUGUUGAUAUUUUCUUAUGAACAAAAGAGGUUUAACUCUCCCAUGUGGUGUGGAGAAAUACGCCUUGUUGCUCCGCAGAGACUCGACCUCUUCUUCGCUGCCACCUGUAACUUUAAAAACCAUGCAAACCCGAUGUUUACUUAACGUGCGCCGAUCAAAGAUUUUUGAAGCAGUACAGACGCAUUUACAAACUCAAAUUAAAUCUGGGGCAGCAAGGCAUAUUUCCCGUCUGCUAAUCCACCCACCAUUCCAGCUGUUUGUAGUAUUUUAGUGACGUGUAUCCUGCGUUCUUCCCAGCGCGUCAUCGUGUCACAAGACAUGGUGAUCCUUCACACCAAGAGAGAAAUAAAAAAAAAAAUAAUAAUAAAAAAAAAACCUUCUGCUUCAUUUGAUGUCCUACAUCAAGCGUCCAUUCUGCCCCACCCUCAAGCAAACUUGUGUUCUGUUGUCUGUGUACUAGAGCUGUUGAGUGUUCGUAGCUUGGUGGGACAAUAACAAUCAUGUUGCUUUUUAUGUGGGGUUUACAGAACGGGAAUGGGGAAGCUAUUGUUGUACAUCAUACUGUUGUACUAAAGUUGAUUAUAUUGGCCUUUCUGUGUCUGAAAAUAACUCACUGCUACAACUUCUGGGAAUAAAGUGUUUCUAUAUUUCA